GACUCUUUCUUUAAAGAUUUUCCAAAAGAAUUUGAGAGUUUUUUUUCUUUCUCGUCGGCAUUGAAGAUCCAGGGUUUGAGAUCGCAAGAACAAAUUUUCUGAUUUUCUUCGAAAUUCAGAGAAAGAAUGGGUGGUGAGGACGCAGAGAUCAAGGAACAUUUGAAACCUCAAGCUUCAUCUGAAACAAUGGAGAAGAAACAUAAUGUGAAAGGGAAGAGAUUAUGGCAGAAAGUGAAGUAUCAAUUGGUGGAGUAUCAUUCAUUGCCUGCUUAUUUAAGAGACAAUGAGUACAUCAUUGGUCAUUACCGAUCCGAAUGGCCGAUCAAACAGAUCCUUCUCAGCAUCUUUACCAUUCACAAUGAGACCUUGAAUGUUUGGACGCACUUGAUUGGAUUUUUCCUGUUUCUGGCACUCACUAUAUACACAGCAACGAAAGUACCGAGCGUCGUGGAUCUUCAUUCUCUCCAACACCGUUUACCUGAUUUGUUGAGGAAAACAGAUCUCCACAAACUUCACGCUGAGCUCAUGUCUCGCCUUCCUUCUAGUCCAUCUAGUUGGCAUGUAAUGGACCUUCUUUAUAACUGUUUGCCUGAAAGAUUCUCUCAUGGCAACUACACCGACAUGUGUGUUCUGCAUUCGGUGAGAGAAGAUCUUGCAAACAUGAUAGCUCCUUUGAUCUUCAGGCCAAUUACCCGAUGGCCGUUCUAUGCAUUUCUAGGCGGUGCAAUGUUCUGUCUAUUAGCAAGCAGCACAUGCCACCUCCUCUCAUGUCACUCCGAGCGAGUCUCCUACAUAAUGCUUAGGCUUGAUUACGCUGGAAUCGCAGCUCUAAUAGCUACUUCCUUCUACCCUCCGGUCUAUUACUCCUUCAUGUGUGAUCCUUUCUUCUGCAACCUCUACUUAGGUUUCAUAACCAUCUUAGGAAUCGCCACAGUGCUUGUCUCACUCCUCCCGGUUUUCCAAAGCCCGGAGUUUCGGGUCGUGAGGGCGUCUCUGUUUUUUGGAAUGGGAUUCUCUGGCUUAGCUCCGAUUCUUCACAAGCUGAUCAUCUUUUGGGACCAACCUGAAGCGCUUCACACGACAGGUUAUGAGAUUUUGAUGGGUUUGCUUUACGGGUUAGGAGCUUUGGUUUAUGCAACUAGGAUUCCAGAGAGAUGGAUGCCGGGGAAAUUCGAUAUAGCAGGACAUAGCCAUCAGUUGUUUCAUGUUCUGGAGUUGCGGGGUGACGUGGCGAGUUUCUAUUGGGCGGAAGAAUUGGGAAAGGAAAUACGGUUUGCGACGUGGAUCUCCGACGGAAUGCGAUCUUGGCCUUUUUCCCGGCGGUUUGAGAGGUUUCUCCGGUCUCGGGUUAAGGACGUCUGUAGAUCGGAGUGGUGUCUUCUCGCGGCUCGACCUCUCGGGAGUCUCGCUGUGGUUGCUGCGGAAGUCCGAAGGAGAUCGGAACAAAGGAUAGUGAAAGCAGAAGAGUGGGAUUCGUUUAUGGAGUUUCUUCGUAAGCCAUUACCUGCUGCUUUCAGAGUUACUUCCAAGUAUAUUCGAUUGAAAUCGGAGAAUGAUUUCAUGAAAUCUCUUCAGGCUGAGGCUAUAGAGAGUGGUGAAUUGGAGGCUAUCAAGCCUUUGCCUUGUUACCCUAAGAUUCUUGCUUGGCAUUCUAAUUUUUCACGCAAGGAGAUUAGCAAAAACCAGAUACUUGAAAGGUUUCAUGAGUUUCUUAAGUUAGAAACUGAAGUUGGGAACAUGACCAGGCAAGAAUCAGUUAGCAUGGUAUGGUAGUGUGACAUUCUUUAAUGACAAUUCAUCGGUACAUUUUAUAGUUUUCCUGGUCGAUUUUAUGAUUACGCAUGUACCUCCUCUCUUCCUUGAUGUACAUCCAGAUCAUUUUGUUCUCAACAGUGAGUGAUUUUUAUUCGACAUUGUUUGAGAUGGCUGUGGACUUGAGGACUAAUGGUUAACUGAUUCACUUCUCUCUUUUUGUCUGAACAGUGUGUGCUGCACCUGGUUCCAAGACAUUUCAGCUGCUUGAAAUAAUCCAUGAAUCAUCAG